CAAGCGGCAGCUGAUCCGCAGCCGGCGGUUAUUUCGGAGUCGGCGGCGCGCAAAAAGUAGCCCCUUGUUUUUUUCGUUGCGCACCCGAGUGGCGCCCCGGAUACAUUUUACAUUUCUUUCGUUCUUCGCUCCGUCGUCUCUUCAAGUGUUCGCCCGCGGUGACCUGUUGGGUUUGAGUUGGUGUCGAAUUUGGGAAUCGACGAAACGGUGCGCGUUAAAACGACCGCGAGAGAAGGAAACAGGAAGGGGGGGGCAGCAUCAAGCCGAGAGAGUGUGUGUUUGUGCGCGUGGUGUCCUGUGUUGUUGUUGUUGUUGCUUCUCCGGGAAAGCCUGCGUUUCUUUUCUUGAACGACUGCCGUACGACUCGACUCAAGAGGAGAGAGCCCGACUCAUCCCGGACCCGAUGCUGGAAGAACAACUUGGGACGGCGACGUAAACUUCGACAGGAGAAGCCGAGUUCUUGUGUUUAUAACAGACGGCUGCAACGCUAGGACGCUGAGAAGCGGACUGUGUAGGUCGGCAAAGUCCAGGAAUGCCUUCGACGCAGUAUCAGUGAAUCCACCCACAGCCGCACCUCGAGCGAGGUAGCGAGGUUUGACUCCAGUAGCCGCUAUGGCUUGCGAUACAAGGCACGACCGCUCAGCACCCUACGCUCGGUGGUCGUGCGUUGCAGGCUGACGCUUGCCUACCUUAAAGUCGCUGCGAAGGAUUAGAAAAAAAAAAGGAAAAGUGUACGUGUGACAGCCGCAAUCGAAGUGUGUUUUACAACCCGGUCACUUUCCGUUUCGUUGUUCUUUCAAAAGUUUCCCCGAGCAACCCGUGGGCCUGGAAGUGUGUUGUGCGCCAUUGCACCGUGCGAAGAAGAAAUCUGCGCGUCGCGACUUUGGCAAACUCCACACCGACAACAUUAUUUUAUCUUAUUUUUUUUUUCGGGAUUUCGAGGCUUCUGUGAGAAACGGGCGCCAGCGGAAGAGCUCGGCACUCGGGGGGGCGACACAACCCGAACCGGCGUCCGCCUCGGACCGUCAUCACCAUGCCUUGGAUCCUGCUGUUCUUCGUGUUGGCGAUUAUUGAAGCACUACCGGUGGAUGUAUCCUGCGUACGGCUGGCGGAUAUUUACUGGAAUGCCACGAAUCCAAUCUUCCGCAUUGACAACACGGACCACAUCAUCGACGUGAACAAGGGCAACAUCCCGUUCGAGUACGACCAGGUGAACAUCAUCUGCCCCGUCUACCGCACGGGAACCCAGGAGGAGGACGUCGAGCAGUACAUCAUCUACAACGUGUCCAAGGAAGAGUACGAUUCGUGCCGCAUCACGAACCCGACGCCGCGCAUCAUCGCUGUCUGCGACAAGCCCCACCAGUUAAUGUACUUCACGAUCACCUUCCGCUCCUUCACGCCCCAGCCGGGGGGGCUCGAGUUCAGACCGGGACAGGACUACUACUUCAUCUCGACCUCGACUGGAAGCGCAGAGGGCCUGCACCAGCGCAUCGGUGGACGAUGCGCCACCCACAACAUGAAGGUCAUCUUCAAGGUCUGCUGCGACCCCAGCAAGAGCACGACGGCAUCCCGGCCGCGCUCGACGACGACAAGCACGGCGCUGCCGCCGGUCGUGCCGUCCUCGGUUCCCCGCGACGAGCUGCCCUCGGACCGGCGGCGGCCGUGGGCAACCAACGCGACGCGUCCAUCGCUGCCCGCAGGGCCGGCGGCCCGACCGCGGGCGCCGUGGCUGCCGCCCACGGCAGUGCCUGAGGAGUCCCCGCUGCCCCCUCCGCGGCGGUGGCCCGUGUUCCCGCCUCGACCGCCGCCGCACAGGCCCAUCAAGACGUACGACGUGCCCGUGGCGGAUGGCAAGCAGUCUUCCAAGAAGACCGCCGAAAACCGAGACAAGCUGCCAAACGAAACGAGAGCCAAGAAUGAGGAGCUCGUAAACAGGGCCUCGUCACUGGUCUCAGUACGGUGGGCCGUUCCGCUGACCACAUUGCUGGCUGUGCACUUCAAUGUCAUCCUGACACGAACAAGAUGAAACAGUCGCCACCUCGCAUCGCUGUCCGCACCACGUUGUGAAUGUUUUAGAUCAACCCUCUGCUCAGCCACUGCCACUAAUGGACAAAACGAGUGAGCUGGCAGACGAGCAGACAACAGCAGUCGCCUGGUUACAAGUGGCGUGCGCUGCUGAACGCUGCAUUGUCCACAUUGUGUGCUGUGCACCGAGAAGACUGUUCUGUUUCGAACAUUCUUUAUUGCGUUAGGCUGAAAACGUCUGCACCCGUGAUCGCGCUUUCACGGCGCUGUGGCACUGCAGGCUAGGACUUUCAAGCACUGAAGUACCAUCUAUGGUCGUCGACAUCAUCUGGUCAGUCAAUGUGUUUUCUUGUGUUUAUGGGAACAAGAGUGGUGGCACGCCUGUGCGGAUGCCAGUGUUGUGUGCAGCGUGAUGCGCCGAACAUUUUCUGACUGGUCUUUGGCAACUUGACAGUGUUGUGUCCUGUGCUGGCAGACGGCGACACCUGUGACCCAAGAACAGUGGUGUUCUCCCUGCGGCGCCCUCUACUUAGUGGCCAUUUCAUGUCUUGUCUAAGGAAAAAAAUUGACUUCUCAUUUGUUUUUAUUCUUUUUUCUUUUUCUUUGCCCGGUCACGGCCUAUGUAUCUGGCAGGUCUGUCAGCACUUCAUCUCACUCUGCUGAUUCUGGGUUGUGACCCACAAUGCCUAAACUUGUUCUGUGGGCGAUUGCGCUACUGCAGUACUAGUUUUGCCUUGUUGACUUCGGGAGGAGCGAAAGAGGUCUUCAGUGCAUGCCCGUCCAAGCCAAGCGGAUGGUGGCUUCAAAACUGAGAUGGCAUUUCAUUCCCGUGUGGAAAAGCAAACGCAGAGUCGCUAGCGCGGAGCACCGUCUCACUAUUUCCAGUGGCAGUUAGCACUUGGUGUCACUUUUUGGUAUACAUCUGCACAUAGUGAAACUCGUGUUAGUGAACUGAGUGAGUGAGAAAGAUUAUCGCAUUCAUAAUUUGUUUUAUACUUCAAGAAGGGCGUGAAUGCUGAGUGGCAAAGUAAAUGGAUUUAAGUCCCAGAGCACUUACGGAAGAGGGCAUGAAGCUGAGUUAAUGACUUUCGGAAGGUGCCAGCUCUAAAAUGUAUGAUGUAAAGUUACAAUGCAUUUAAGGCGCAAGGUUUGCAGGUUAGAAGAAAAGGUAAAUAUUUUCUAUCUCUAUGAAUUUAAACACCAAAGUUGCAGGGAGCAGAGUUUUCAGUUUCCAGUGUUUCGCACUACAUGCAUCUCUAUGCCGACCUUCAAGCCCCUGUCACUGCACUUUAUUGUUGAGCAGGAGUUCUGCAUGUACAUCACAGCCUCAAAAUCAGGCACACGUGCACAGCUGAUUUCUUACCUGCUUGGAACUACUUGUGUAGCGUGCAUUGUUUACAUGGCUAGUUCAUAGGUUGCCUGAAGACAGAGCUCUACUGAUGCGAUGCUGCGUGUGCUAUAACAUAGAAUCUCUAUGAAAGCGGACCAUUCUUGUGUUAAUCUUUGAAGUGCAGUGCCAAAAGUAGUCAUAGUGGACUACUGGUAGCUAGCCAGUAAUCGCAUUUUACAGAAAGUGCAUAUUUUUCAUGUUUGCAAAGUGCCUUACACGCAUUGAAAUGGCAGCACCAGUAGCAGCAGAGCUUUUUCACUUAGAUGGUCCUACUGGCUUUCAUAACAAUCUCAAUUUUUUUUUUCUGGAGAGAUGGGGUCUCUGACAGCACCAACAGCUGUGUAUUUAGAUUUCAUCCCAGCUAAAUGUAAUCUCUUAUUGUAAAGAGUUCAAGGUAGUAUCAUUCAGCCUUUCUGGAGUAGGUUUUUGGAAUGAUAUCUAUUGUAUAAAUGUUAGACUUGAUCAACCUGACUUGCUAUCCGAUGCUAUAUUGCGCUAUAAUAUUUGAUUACAAGUUCCAAGAUUUUCAGAAAGAUGCGCCUGAGGAGUACUCUCAUUUUAUUAUUUCACGAACUUAAAUCAUAAAAAUGAAAUUUUUAGGGAUGUAGCAGCUGUCACUUCUUGCCGACCUCUCUCCCUUGAAUAGUCCUUUCCUCAGCCUGGAAAACGAUACACUUCAGAUCAGGAGGCAAACAAGCCUUAUCCAUUCCUCAUAUUUGUGUGCUCUCACUGGCUACAGUUAAUGUGUGUAUAUCACAUAAUAUUGCUGGAAUGUGGCUUAACUGUGCUUCGUGGACCACCGCCGAUUGCUUGGUGAAGUUGUGUAAACGCACUGUGUAGGUUAGGUAGGCAACCCUUGGUAAUCUUUUAAGCUGUUUCCCUGUCUGCAAAUACACUGACUGAGAAACUCUGCUCCCUAAACUGUUGGGCCAUGUCUUAUAUGUCACAAUGCAUGGUUGAUAAUGAAACAAAUGGAUAAAGAGAAAGGUAUUCAGCAAGAUUGUCCUUAUGACGAUUGUUUUCAUUUCCAACACAACAUUCACUUGAGUAGCCCUCAUUCGAAGUAUGUCUAAUUUCAGUAGCAUCUCGCAUUGCUUGGAAGCAAUAGGCUUGAACAUUUAACUGCUAAUGUUUAGGGUAGGUGAGCUGCAAUGUUGCAUUACAUAAAACUGUGAGGCAAAAAUAAGCUUGCACCUAGUCAGCGGCUUUUUGGCAUUCAUGUAUGGCAUGUCAUGUAACAUGGCACACAGCUGUUUGCAGGCAUGAAAUUUAAUUAAACAUGUUAGUUCUUAUGGGAAUGGUGUAGUUGCUCUUUGCCAAACUACUUACGUUACAUAUUUUUCUAAAGAACCAGUGGAAAUGUGUGAAAGCUCUUGGCUCACUACUAUUUGCAUAUUUCACACCUGCCAUUGAUUAGUAGUGCUUACAGUUGCAAAUUCAUGUUCAAGGUAACCUCUGCUGCAUCUGCACUUGCAGUGAUGCUGGUGGUUAUACUUUAGCAACCGUGCAACAUAGCCAAAUGCUAUCAUACUCUUGGUUGCAAAAAGCUCUUUCAGAAUUGGAGUUUGAAAUAUUUGGGUUAGUCUGCUGUGUGCAAAGCACCUCUUUUCACAGAGAUGAGACUAUGUAACCAUGAUAGUAUGACUUUUGUGCAAGUUUGUGAUUGCACAUAACAGUCUGCUCCACCGUGACUUAUAUUUUUAGGAAUGAACACCAGCACAUGCCAGCUCAGUCUGAUUUAAUAGCAGUAAUCAAGUCCUGACUAAACUGGUGGUUUUUGAUGCCAUUAAUGCGACACCAUUUUUUUUUACUAAAUGCCAAAUACGUUUGCAGCCAUCUUUUUCUGGAGUUUCGUUUCUCAGUAAGAAGAACUGAAUGGGGAAAAGCUAGUAUGGCGACUUUGCCCUGAGAUCCUUGUGCGAUGUUAAUAUAUUCAUUUUGAAACUGUCCCAUGUUCCUUGCGCCUUAGGAACACCUGUGCCAGCGUGCUUUUGAGUGUAUUGUGUGUGCAGAAAGAAGUGAAUGUGUAUACGUGUAUGACUGAGUGGCAGCUUCCUUCAGAUCUCGAUGUGGAAUGCUUCACUGUGGCCACUUGUGCUAAAGCCAUGUUGCUAGGUUUUUGAGGUUCUUGCAAACGUCCUGAUAUUUCCCUUUAGAGAAAGAGGUAUGUACAAACAUACUAGCAGUCUCUAAAAUGGAAUUAUUUUCCAGAAACAAGAUGUCUAUCUGUAGAAAGAGACAUGAUGAAUAACCGAAAGGUCAGAAUUUGCAUUCUGCAUUGGUAGUAUAGUUAUUAACAACGGUUGUAUCUUUUACUUUGCGCAUAGUUGCUACUGAUGAAAGCAUGCGUCAGACUUUAAUCUCUAUAUAAGGUUUAUUAGUUUGGCACUUUUCCUAUGUGAUUCAUAUAAAGAUUCACUGAACCUUGAACAUCUAACUGUGCAAGUGAAGCAGUCAUGCCACACAUGUUGCUGCUUUUUAAAGCUGCUGUUGUGAGCUUUGUCGCAGCUUCCAAAUGUUCAGUCACUUCAGCUUAUGUAUGCUUUACUGAGCACUACACAGCAAGUACAAAUGCCCCACAGUGAAGCAUGCUAUACUCGUUCUAUCAGCAAAUGAGGGGUGAGAAAGUUGAGCUUUGUUGGUGGUGCGUUUGUGUCAGCACGAGUGUUGGUUAUAUAAUUGUAUAAAAACAGCAGAGUAUGACACUAGCAUAUGACAUUGUCGGCGAUACGCUCCAUCUGAAGGUGUAUCUAGGAAUACGUUUUUUAAUUUAAUAUAUCUUCUCUUUUUUUUUCACCUUGCGCGUGUUCUCUUGCAGAAGAUAUGGUUUGUCCUGCUGGACUUUCUUUUUUGUCCUGCCAACCUUUCAUUUCCUUACUUGUAGUCAAGGUUGUUAUUUUUGCAUUCAAGACCGAGUCAUCUGAGCCAAAUGAAUUGAUGAAGCAGUCAUAUGUUUAGAUACUGUUCAAAUAAUUCCUUGUGGUUUAAACGUGACCGCGCUGUGUGAACUGUAGAUUUUGGGACCAGAUUCGUUAACGUUACAUGCACCAUUUGUGUUCUGCCACUGUGUUAGGCAGAAACUUCUAUGUACAUGGGUUUGCUUGGAAUUUAGACAGUGCAUUGACAAUUAUUAUCACGAGUACACUGAAUUUAUAGUAUUUGUUUUUUGACUGAGUACUGGUGGACAACUGUUCUACAUGGUAGUCAAAUUGACAGCUAUCUGGAAAACUUUGAAGAAUGAGCGUAUUGUUCUGGCGAAGCAUUUUACUUCUGUCUCAUCAAAAUAUACAGUGGUUUAGAUACUUAAUUUUUCACCUAGGUUUCACAGCGUGUUGCCACUGCAGGGCUAGCCUAAUUGCGGCUAUAUUAUAGUACUUGAUUUCUUAUGUCAUUAUUGGAAGAGUAAUUGGAAAUAACUAGUUAUAAUUAACUGUAAAACCAGGCACCUGUUGUGAGUCGGAGCAUACAGCUAGAAGUCAUCUUUAUCUAAAUCGCAUCAUUAUCUAAAUCUGCCGGAAUUGUUUUGUCUAAAGCCUGCUGGCAUUGUUCCCAGUAAGGCUCGAAGUCCUUCCUUCAGUAAUAUCAUUGCGGCUCACUAAGUCUUUAAAAUUAUGGCAUCGUUCAACUUUGAAGAUAAUUCUACAAACAUUUAUACUACGUUCUAGAGACUUGAAUAUCCCGCCUCUAUUUAUUUCUCUUGGCUGUUACCUGCGGUGCAUUCUUAUUUACACAGUUUGAACAAGGGCUUUACGUGCAGCAGAUACUCUCAUUUGCUGAUCUGAGAGCUCCGAUUUCUUUGUUACUACUUGGUAUUCCGAUGCGUGGCGAAAAGAAAAUGCAAAACGUCGGACAGUUUCGGUACGCUUCAUCCUUGAUCACAUUGUGUUGUGGCACAGUAAAAUAACGAUAAAGAAAGCCCUUUAAAAUUGAAAGUUAGCCAAUAGGAACAGCCCCGACUGCACUUAAACUUUCGGUUCCGACGCCAGACCGCCUAGCACCGCAAUCGUGUACGACUGGAGGCCACCCACUGGGUGUGCGGUAACAUCAACAGCGGGUGGCAUUACUGGCGCGGCAGCGAAGUAGUGCCGUGCUCUUACGGACACAGUGACUGUGACGUCAUCGUGGCCGCCAUAUUGGUGCACCACGGUCAGAGCGAAAUGUUGCGAGCGAGCUUUUGUUUAUCACGCAACAGCGUCACGUGGUUCUGUGACGACACGUUACGUCAUGUGCGUCCGGCGUACUACGACGUGCCCGAUUAACCGCGCACUGUAACCCCGGCACACUGUACGGCAUGGCCGGCGGAUCGAAAGAGCGGGAGCGGUCUGCUGCGUAUUUUAGAUACUCGGUCUCUCUCACUUCCCGACAACUGUACAGAAAUGGCAGAGAGUGUGUACAGCAGGUGCGUUGGUCACGUGAGCUUUAAACCCGCUGCACGCAUGAAGGCGGGUGAAGAAAGUUUCUUUUUUUUUUCUUUUUUUUGUGCCGUGCACGGAAAGAGAGAUUGUGACACGCGUUUAUGGACGCACUGCACGUUGCUUGGUUUUGACGUGUCUGAAGAAUGGCUGCGCUCCAGUCUGCGUGGUCCCCCCAUUUUUUUUUAUUUGCAAAUUCCUCGUGUGAUAUCGUUUUUUCUUUUGUUUGUUUGUAUAAGCACAAACUAAUAAGGAAGAUGUUAAUAAAGCUUUUUUUCCUGGUGAA